UUCAAGAACAAUAUACGCACGACAGAUACGAUUCUUACACCACAUAUCAACAUAUGUAACAAAGUUGGAUCAAUAUCAUUUCUUGCGUUGAGAUUUUUUGACAUAACAAAAACACAGAUUAAAUAUCGUGACAAAAGCAAAAACACCAUUUUGCAACACAUCUUUAGUACGAAAAUAAAUGUCAUGUGGCAAGUGUGGCUAUCCUGAUAUCCAGUUAUCAAAAAAUGGCACGUCAACAACAGGACGUAGAUGAACUUUUCGAAGUAAAAAAUUUCUUUUAUAUUGGGAAUUAUCAACAAUGUAUAAACGAGGCUCAGAAACUAAGAAAGCCAUCAACUGCAGAAGUUGCCAUUCAGAGAGAUAUAUUCACAUACAGGUCUUACAUGGCCCAAAAUAAAUUUCUAGUUGCACUAGAAGAAAUUCACGGAGCUUCUCCUCUGGAAAUUCAACCACUGAAACUUUUAGCAGAGUACCUAUCAGGCAAAUCUAAUAAAGAUGCAGUUGUAGCCCAGAUUGAUCAGGAAAUCUCGGCAAACGCCAAUAGUGAAACUCUCAUUCUGGUAGCAGCCACGAUUUACGUUAACGAAAAUAAUCUGGAAUCUGCAUAUAGAACAUUGCAUGCAUCAGACAACCUCGAGUCACUAGCAUUUAUUAUUGAUAUAUUAUUGAAACUAGAUCGUGUUGAUUUGGCAAGGAAAAAGUUAAAGGAAAUGCAAGAUAAAGAUGAUGAUGCUACUUUGACGCAGCUGGCUCAAGCAUGGAUCAAUGUUGCUUCAGGAGGUGACAAACUACAAGAUGCUUACUAUAUUUAUCAGGAGCUUAUUGAUAAAUAUGGAUCAACACCACUAUUACUCAAUGGUCAGGCAGUUACUUUUAUUGGUCAGGCUAAAUAUGAGGAAGCAGAAGCGGCUUUGCAGGAGGCUCUAGAUAAAGAUGCUAACUAUCCUGACACUUUAGUGAAUAUGAUUGUUCUUCAGAGGCAUAUGGGAAAAACACCCGAGAUUGCCUCGUAA